GUGCAAAGUUUGCACGAGAACGAUGGUGGUGUAACGGUGCAGGCGAUGGGUCGCCAGCGAUGCCGCAUACUCACUCGGCGUUCUGCAGUAAACGGGAUGCCGUAUGGUGAAGUACGAGUGUUGGAAGAAAUAGAGUUACCUCCCAUUUCUCGUGCGUUGCAGCCGAUAUCGUUUUCGCGUCUCUCAUCUUCAAAAAAUUUGCGCUAUUGUGCAGCGAUAACGUCACAUUCGUAUUUUGCGUUGAAAAUGUCCCUGACGCAGCAUUAUCAGGACUGUUUGGUGAAUUGGCUAGUUGGAUGGCAUCCGUCUGGCAAAAUUAAGUAUGUCUUGUCACAGGGUGCAACGGCGUUUAGCUAUUGGGUGGCUGCAAACUUACCGAUUGACAUGGAAACGCGAUUGCGCUUGCUCACUGAACCGUGCACCGAUCGAAGACUGGUCAAUGAAUGUGGCAUUCUCAAGCAGGCAAGUUUUCAUUUCGUAGCUUUAUCGAUUUCAGUGCAUUAA